GGAGGAAUGAGGGGCUGAGCAGUGGCACUCUCUCCAAAUCCUCCUCUUCUGGCAUGCAGAGCUGUGGAGAGGAAGAAGGUGAAGAAGGAGCAGAUGCUGUACCACUCCCCCCUCCAAUGGCAAUUCAGCAACACAGUCUACUCCAACCAGACUCCCAGGAUGACAAGGCAUCUUCUCGAUUAUUGGUACGCCCGACCAGCUCUGAGACACCCAGUGCAGCAGAACUAGUCAGUGCAAUUGAGGAACUCGUCAAAAGCAAAAUGGCACUGGAAGAUCGUCCAAGUUCACUGUUGGUAGACCAAGGUGACAGCAGCAGUCCAUCUUUCAACCCUUCAGACAACUCCCUUCUCUCUUCUUCGUCACCCAUAGAUGAAAUGGAAGAAAGGAAAUCCAGCUCUUUAAAAAGACGACACUAUGUCUUACAGGAAUUAGUGGAGACGGAGCGAGAUUACGUCCGAGAUCUGGGUUAUGUAGUUGAGGGUUACAUGGCACUUAUGAAAGAAGAUGGUGUACCUGAUGACAUGAAGGGGAAAGACAAGAUUGUAUUCGGCAACAUUCACCAGAUUUACGACUGGCACAGAGACUUCUUUUUAGGAGAAUUGGAGAAGUGCCUUGAAGAUCCAGAAAAACUGGGAUCCCUCUUCGUUAAGCAUGAGAGAAGGUUGCACAUGUACAUAGUUUACUGCCAAAACAAACCAAAGUCUGAGCACAUUGUCUCAGAAUACAUUGAUACAUUUUUUGAGGACUUGAAGCAGCGCCUGGGCCACAGACUUCAGCUUACAGACUUGCUAAUAAAACCAGUGCAGAGAAUUAUGAAAUACCAAUUGUUACUCAAGGACUUCCUCAAAUACUCUAAAAAAGCUAACCUUGACACAGCAGAACUAGAGAGAGCUGUAGAGGUCAUGUGCAUAGUACCGAAACGGUGCAACGACAUGAUGAAUGUUGGCCGCCUACAAGGAUUUGAUGGUAAAAUUGUAGCCCAGGGUAAACUCCUGCUGCAGGACACAUUCCUGGUCACAGACCAGGACACGGGGCUUCUGCCACGCUGCAAAGAAAGGCGGGUCUUCCUGUUUGAGCAGAUUGUCAUAUUCAGUGAGCCACUAGAUAGAAAGAAAGGUUUCUCCAUGCCGGGAUUCUUGUUUAAAAACAGUAUCAAGGUGAGUUGUCUUUGCCUGGAGGAAAACGUGGACAGUGAUCCGUGUAAAUUUGCACUAACAUCAAGAACAGGGGAUGUCUUGGAGACCUUUGUUUUGCAUUCUGCCAGUCCAGGCGUACGCCAACUGUGGAUCCAUGAAAUCAACCAAAUUCUGGAGAACCAGCGUAAUUUUUUGAAUGCCUUGACAUCACCAAUUGAGUAUCAGAAGAACCACAGUGGCGGUGGCAGCAGCAACAGCAGCGGCCCCAGCAGCUGUAGUGGAAUUACCAGCUCCAGCCGUAGCAGGCCCUCUCGGAUCCCCCAGCCUGUCAGACACCAUUCCCCAGUCCUGGUCUCCUCUGCAGCCUCCGUCCAAGCAGAGGCAGACAAGAUGUCAGGUAUGUCCAUUCAUAAUCCCUCCCUGCCACCCCACAGCACAUCCCUAGAGACUGGCCUCAGCCAGCCAGCCAGGCACCCUCCCAUUGCAGAACCGGAUGGUCCUGAGAAAGAAGCUGAGCAGAUUCCCAAGAUGAAAGUUAUUGAGAGCCCCAGGAAGACAGCUGGAAACAUUUCUGGGUCAGCAGACGGAGCCCAGAAAGAAUUGCGUGGGAGUUCGGAGGACAGUCGCUCAAGGAGCAGCAUAGGAUCUCUGAUGCUGGGGAAGCCAAGGCCAGGAGCCAUCUCUCCAAUGAACUCUCCUCUCUCAACGACUUUCCCUUCUCCUUUUGGCAAGGAAACCUUUCCACCCAGCAGUCCCCUGCAAAAGGGCUCCUUUUGGAGCUCCAUCCCAGCAUCCCCUGCCAGCCGCCCUGGCUCCUUCACUUUCCCUGGGGACAAUGACUCCCUCCAGCGCCAGGUCCACCGCCACUCUUCACACAGCAAGGACACAGACCGCAUGAGCACAUGCUCCUCGACCAGCGAGCAGUCAGUUCACUCCACCCAAAGUAAUGGGAGUGAAAGUAGCAGCAGCAGCAAUAUCUCCACCAUGCUGGUGACACACGAUUACACGGCAGUGAAGGAGGAUGAGAUAAAUGUCUACCAAGGAGAGGUCGUGCAAAUUCUAGCCAGCAACCAACAGAACAUGUUUUUGGUGUUCAGAGCCGCCACUGACCAGUGCCCUGCAGCCGAGGGCUGGAUUCCCGGCUAUGUCUUGGGGCAUACCAGUGCAGUCAUCAUUGACAACCAUGAUGGAACAAUCAAGAAGUCAACAUCUUGGCACACAGCACUCCGUUUAAGGAAGAAAUCUGAGAAAAAAGAUAAAGACGGCAAAAGGGAAGGGAAGCUAGAAAAUGGUUAUCGCAAAUCCCGAGAAGGACUUGCCAACAAGGUUUCCGUGAAGCUUCUCAACCCCAACUACAUUUAUGACGUUCCCCCAGAGUUUAUAAUACCCUUGGGUGAGGUCACAUGUGAGACAGGCGAGACCAUCGUUUUUAGGUGUAAAGUCUGUGGUCGCCCGAAAGCUUCAGUAACUUGGAAGGGUCCUGAUCAUAACAUCCUAAGCAAUGACAGUCACUACAGCAUUUUGUACAGUGAUUUAGGAGAGGCAUCCUUGAAAAUCAUUGGUGUGACCACAGACGACGAUGGUAUCUAUACCUGUAUAGCUGCAAACGAUAUGGGUUCGGUUUCAUCUUCAGCCAGUCUUCGAGUUUUAGGUCCUGGAAGUGAUGGGAUCAUGGUAAUCUGGAAAGACAACUUUGAUUCCGUGUACAGUGAAGUGGCCGAACUUGGCAGGGGCAGGUUUUCUGUUGUUAAGAAAUGUGAUCAGAAGGGAACCAAGAGAGCAGUGGCCACUAAGUUUGUGAACAAGAAGUUGAUGAAACGAGACCAGGGCUGACCAGGGUCGCCUUCUAGACUGUGUUGUGCGAUGGGGAAACCUCACUGAAGGGAAGAUCAGGCUCUAUCUGGGAGAGAUU